CCCAACCCCAGUGCAGAUCUGGAGUGCCGAGUCUGAUUUAGAGCCUGGAGGACAAAGCCAUGUAAGGUCUGUGGAAAUCUCUGCUGCUGCUGGGCUUCAGAUCCGCCCCCAGCCCUGGCCCGGCCCCUUUCCCCCAGCUUGGCUCUUGGACUUCCCAGCUCUCCGCCUGCUGUGUGCCUAGCUCCCAGGAACCCACCAGCACCAACGCCAAGAGCGAUCCCCCUCCUUCAGGCGGGCACACACCUCUCCACCCUGCUUCCAGCCUCUGGUUCAGGAGACGAUGAGCCAGAAGGCCACCCUGGUGCUGCUCCUGCUUGCCGUCAUCACUAUCUUCGCCCUGGUGUGUGUCCUGUUAGCUGGCAGGGGUGGAGAUGCGGGUGCGCACGGUCAGACUCCCCGCUGCCCCUCGGAAUCGCCCACUGCCCAGCCCUGGACACAGGAUGAUCAGAGCCAGCUGUUUGCAGACCUGAGCCGGGAAGAACUGACUGCUGUGAUGGGCUUCCUGAGCCAGCAGCUGGGACCCAGGCUGGUGGAUGCAGCUCAGGCCCGGCCCUCAGACAACUGCGUCUUCUCCGUGGAGCUGCAGCUGCUGAUCCGAGAGUACAAGGACAUAGACAAGAUGAUCUUUGACAGAGAACUGCCCCAUGCCGCGGGCCUCCUCCACCACUGUUGCUUCUACAGACCCCAGGAGCGGAGCCUGGUGACACUGAUCACGGCUCCUCCAGGUCUGCAGUCUGGCGAUCGGGCCUCCUGGUUUGGCCUCUACCACAACAUCUCAGGGGCUGGGAUCUACCUGCACCCCGUGGGCUUGGAGCUGCUGGUGAACCACAAGGCGCUAGACCCUGGCCGAUGGACCAUCCAGAAGGUCUUCUACCAAGGCCGCUACUAUGACAGCCUGGCCCAGCUUGAGGAGCAGUUUGAAGCUGGCCUGGUGAAUGUUGUGCCGAUCCCAACCAACGGCACAGGUGGGUCCUGGUCUCUCAACUCUCGGGGGACCCCAGGUCCGGCUGCCCCUCUACAAUUCUAUCCGCAGGGUCCCCGCUUCAGCAUCCAGGGCAGUCAAGUGACCUCCUCGCUCUGGGCUUUCUCCUUUGGCCUCAGCCCUUUCGGUGGCCCAAGGAUCUUUGACGUCCGGUUCCGGAGAGAAAGGAUAGCUUACGAGAUCAGCCUCCAAGAGGCCGUGGCCAUCUACGGUGGGAACACACCAGUGGCUAUGCGGACCCGCUAUAUCGAUGGCAGCUUUGGCAUGGGAAAGUUCGCCACGCCCCUGACCCGGGGGGUGGACUGCCCCUACCUGGCCACCUACAUAGACUGGCACUUCCUCUUGGAGUCGCAGGCCCCCAAGACGCUCCGUGAUGCCUUUUGUGUGUUUGAACAGAACCAGGGACUCCCCCUGCGACGACACCACUCCAGUUUCUACUCCCCCUACUUUGGCGGCCUGGCGGAGACAGUGCUGGUGGUCAGGUCUGUGUCCACCUUGCUCAACUACGACUAUAUAUGGGACAUGGUCUUCCACCCCAGUGGGGCCAUCGAAGUCAGGUUCCACGCCACGGGCUACAUCAGCUCAGCCUUCCUCUAUGGCGCAGCCCAGAGAUACGGCAACCGCGUUGGGGAGCACACGCUGGGCACCGUCCACACCCACAGUGCUCACUACAAGGUGGAUCUGGACGUAGCAGGGCUGAAGAACUGGGUCUGGGCUGAGGAUAUGGCCUUUGUCCCCACUUCGGUGCCCUGGGACCCCCAGCACCAGAUCCAGAGGCUGCAGGUAACCCGGAAGCUGCUGGAGAGCGAGGAGCAAGCUGCCUUCCCCCUGGGAGGACCAACCCCUCGCUACCUGUACCUGGCCAGCAAUGAGAGCAACAAGUGGGGACACCCACGGGGCUACCGCAUCCAGGUGGUCAGCUUUGCAGGGGAGCCCCUGCCCCAGAACAGCUCCAUGGAGAGAGCCGUCAGCUGGGGGAGGUACCAGCUGGCUGUGACCCAGCGGAAGGAGGAGGAGCCGCGGAGCACCAGCAUCUAUAAUCAGAAUGACCCUUGGACCCCAACCGUGGCCUUCACGGACUUCAUCAACAACGAGACCCUCGCCGGAGAGGUCAGCUGA